AUGGCCCUAGUGAUGAAACUCGAACUCAAGGACACAAAGCUAGCAUUCGGACUCCCAGCCAGAGGCCCAUCAAGCCCCGGCAGCAUGCACAAUGCGUCCAGCUAUUCUUUGGUCCAAACACAGCCCAGCGAGUCCUCCAGAGCCAGUACUCAGGUCCCAAGGGCUGGGGUUAUGUCUGCUAUCUCCAAUGCCCCGGACAAUCCCCUUGGGGGGGUUUGGAUACCGUUCGGUGCACAUGGACAAGUAUCCUUCCUGUCGGUUCCCGAUGUCAGACCGCUCAGUCGUAAGCGACAGCUGGUGGAUGAAACGGAUACUUACUUCAAUUUCGAUGAGGAUGCCACCGUACUGUCGAUGCUGGAUUUCAGCCUGUCCGAUGGGAGCACCACAGACCGUAGACAUGGUACAGCGACGACUGCGACUGGACGACAUAUGGCCAGGUCGGACCAGUGGGACCUAGAUUAUAACUAA